CGCAGUUACCAUGUCUGGAAAGGCUCCUGGGACCAUGGGCCUUGGGCCCUGAGGACACGGGGCUCCUUGUGGCCAUGACGACGGGUGACUGCUGUCACCUCCCCGGCUCCCUGUGCGACUGCUCCGGCAGCCCCGCCUUCUCCAAGGUCGUGGAGGCCACGGGCCUCGGGCCACCCCAGUAUGUGGCACAAGUGACUUCAAGGGACGGCCGGCUCCUCUCGACUGUCAUCAGGGCCUUGGACACACCGAGCGAUGGUCCCUUCUGCCGGAUCUGCCAUGAGGGAGCGAACGGGGAGAGCUUGCUGUCUCCAUGUGGUUGCACUGGCACUCUGGGUGCCGUGCACAAGAGCUGUCUGGAGAGGUGGCUUUCCUCAUCCAACACCAGCUACUGUGAGCUGUGCCACACAGAGUUUGCAGUGGAGAAGCGACCCCGGCCCCUCACAGAGUGGCUGAGGGACCCGGGGCCUCGGACAGAGAAGCGCACGCUGUGCUGCGACAUGGUGUGCUUCCUGUUCAUCACGCCGCUGGCUGCCAUCUCGGGCUGGCUGUGCCUGCGCGGGGCCCAGGACCACCUCCGGCUGCACAGCCGGCUUGAGGCCGUGGGGCUCAUCGCCCUCACCAUCGCCCUCUUCACCAUCUACGUCCUCUGGACGCUGGUCUCCUUCCGUUACCAUUGCCAGCUGUACUCCGAGUGGAGGAGGACCAACCAGAAAGUGCGCCUGAAGAUCCGGGCCGCCGACGGCUCCGAGGGCUCCCAGCCGUCCCCGCUGGCGGCGGGACUGCUGAAGAAGGCGGCAGACGAGACGCCUGUGUGAAGGCCGGGCCGGCCGGGCCAGAGGCAGCUGGCGAUGCCCUGGUGUUUGGAAGGACAGAAACUGCGCAACCCUUCCUGCCCUCACGGCCGGAAACGCUUCUUAGGCGGAGACCUGAUUCUGGGAGUCGAAUCAGGGAUCCCGUGUGAAGUUAUUGUCAGAUUGUUUUGCACACUCUUGUACACGAGGAGGAGAACAGGCAGAUGUAGUCCUGAGCUUCGGAUGGAGCAGGCGCCCUGAUCUCAUUCCGAGGUCCACCAGGGCCGGCAGGCGAGGCCAGUCGAGGGCACCGAUCUGGCCGGGAGGUCCCACAAGCUUCUGGCAUUUCUCUGCACCUGGCUGGCCUGCUUGCCUGGCCCCCUCGACUUUAUAAAGUUGCACCACAGUUUCAAACCCCCACCCCACCCCACCUCCACCCCCACCCCCAA